UCUCUGAGCUACUCAGUGUAUUUGUGUCACUCGCCAAGAUUCCUCCGGCGCGCAAUUUAGCAAAUUCAUCCAUUUUCCACUGUGACUUUCCCCAAUCUAGGACUUUUCCCACAAGAUUUGUGCCAAAUCCAGUGAUUGUGAGAAGGAUUCAGUGCAAUUCCAGGAAGAAUUUCAAGCUGAGAGAAGUGUUCAUGACGACCCAACCUUGGAAAACAGUGACGAAUUAUUGACUCUUUUUGCUUCUUCUGAGUGCCACACAAAAUCCGCGUAACCGGAAAAGAGUCGCGACAAAGUGUGUGACAGAAAAAUAGUGUUUUAUGUGACAAGAGAGCAAUUCUCAUCUCUCGCGCGCCAGAAGAUUGAGUGCAAUUGAGAUUCCUUAUCAGCUUGAUUAUGCUCAGUCAAUGUCCCCGCGCCAUCGCGUCCAGGCACUGAGAAUGCGAAGAGGAUGCUCGUCACGGAGAUGCCGCCCAACAGCGCCCGAGAGCAAGGCCACCUGACCGCCGACGAUGCCAAGCCCAACAUCACCAUCGAGUCGCUGUCCGAGAGCGACGCCUCCAGCGUGGCGUCGGACAGCAGCGACGAGUACAGCGAGGCGACGGACAACCCCAAGCUCGGCGGCCGCGCGCGCUCGUACGCGCUGGGCGCCAUGAGCCAGGUGGACAGGAUAGGCGCCAACGGGGUCCUAGUCAUCGACGACGAGCUGCAGGUGCAGAAGAGCGACCGGCCGCCCGCGAUCGAGUCCGUGGCGGUGUCCAACUCCUCGGACAUCACAUUCGGCAACAAGACCUUCAUCAACGGGCCCGUGACCAUCAAGCAGUUCAUCAAAGAGAGCCAACCGCAGUCGCCGCAAGGACAGGACAAUCCCGCCUUCGAGGGCAGCAGCAGAUCGCUUGACGCCAGCAACACGCCUGAUGACUUCACGUACAAGAAGAUCUUGAGAUACCGAACGUGGAUUCUCCUGGGAGCGACGCUCAUCUUCGCUCUGGUGGGAAUCGUGUGCCUGACAGUGUUCUUCGCCACGGCCGAGGAUCCGCCAAAACAAGGUGAUGGAGAUGAUUCUCGGAAGAAUAUCCCAAUACCGUCCACAAUAGGGAACGAUUUGCUGCCUCCAGGCAAUGAGACGCUGAGACUCGUGUCACGCAGCGAAUGGAUCGCUCAGCCGCCAAAUGAAGAAGGCGUCGAUCUCACGCUGCCCACGAACCGCGUGAUCAUCGCUCACACAGCCACUGAAGAUUGCACUUCUCAGGCAAGCUGCGUCUAUCGCGUGCGCUUCAUCCAGACGUUCCACAUGGAGUCACGCGGCUGGGAUGACAUCGGCUACAAUUUCCUGGUGGGCGGCGACGGCUCGGCGUACGAGGGACGCGGCUGGGACAAGGUGGGCGCACACACGAAGGGCUUCAACGUGGACAGCAUCUGCAUCGCCUUCAUCGGGACCUUCGUGAAGGUCACGCCGCCGGAGCGGCAGCUGGUGGCCGCCCAGAAGGUGAUCGAGUGGGGCGUGCGGACGGGCAAGCUGAGCAAGGACUACAAACUGUUCGGCCACCGGCAGCUCAUCCCCACCGAGAGCCCGGGCGCCGCUCUCUACCAAAUCAUCAAGACAUGGCCCCACUGGUCCGAGGACCCCUCAUGA